ACAACUUUGAUAUCAGUUUACUCAUAAACAACCCAAUUAAUACUCAUUUACCAAUUGCAACAAAUCAUAUUAAGUUUACAAUUCCACUGAUAACAAUCGAUGACAUACUAAAUCUUGCAGCCGAAUUAGACCAGAACAAGUCAACCGGUCUUGAUG